GAUGACGGGCCGCGGCCUCUUGAUUGGCUCGUCGCUGAGGAGGUCGGCGGCGGAGGGGGGCCUGCGGCUGAGCCGCCGCUCGAAUUUGCUGGCCAUACUUAGGAACUUGUUGGCGGGCGACAGCAGGGCCAGGAUGAAGUUGAGCCUAUCCAAAGUGGUUAACGGUUGUCGCCUGGGGGUCCUGACCAGCCUGGGCAAGAAGGGAGACCAGAUGAUGGAGUUUCCCGGCUGCCUGCUCUACACCAAGACUGGCUCUGCCCCUCACCUGACGCAUGACACGCUGCAGGCCGUCCAUGGCGUCCCGGCUGUGGUCCAGCUCACUCUACCCACGCUGGCAGAGUACCACGAGAUCUUGGAGGAGUAUAAGGAAGGGAUCGGGAACUUCAUAGGUAUGCCAGAGGCGGUGCACUACUGUUCUCUCCACGAUCCCGCCCACCCCUGUCCCGCCGGGUACAUCAGCAACAAGACAGUGUCGGUGUGGGGUGUCGGCGGGCGCUUGGAGAUGACUCCCACCAGGUUCAUGGACAUCCAGAGGGUCCUACAGCCAGACUGGUUCCAGUGCCUCUCAGAUGGGGAGGCCCUGCAGGGGGACGUGUCCUCAGAAAAGAGAGCCCGGAAGUCGGUGGACCGCUCCCUGGCCUUCCUGGAUGAAUGCUUGCAGCUCAGGGAAAAGUCAGCGGUCCUCAGGCAGAGCGUGCCCAUCGGCGUGAUCGAAGGCGGGGACGUGCUGGAGGAGCGGCUGCGCUCGGCUCGUGAGACGGCCAAGCGUCCCGUUGGCGGCUUCCUCCUGGACGGGUUCCAGGGCUCGGCCAUGACCCCGGAGACGAGGCGGCAGCUGGUCCGCUCCGUCACCGCCCAGCUGCCGGACGACAAGCCCAGGCUCAUCUGCGGGGUCGGCCGUCCGGAUGAAGUGCUGGAGUGUGUGGAGGCUGGGGUGGACUUGUUUGAGAGCUUUUUCCCCUACCAGGUAACGGAGCGUGGCUGUGCCUUGUCCUUCUGCUUCGAGUGCCGGCCGGACCCUGAGGAGGCAGGGGUGGGCCCCAAUGGGGUCCAGGCCGAGGGAAGGAAGUGGGACCCGUCGGAGGAGAGGAACGACUCUGCCUGUCACAAAGAUAUCACAUCGUUCGAGAUUCACCUGAAGGAUAAGAGGUACCAGGAUGAUUUUGGCCCCUUGGUGCCAGGCUGUGCCUGCUACUGCUGCCAGAAUCACAGCCGCGCCUACGUCCACCACCUCCUGGUGACCAACGAGCUGCUGGCCGGGGUCCUGCUAAUGAUCCACAACUUCCAGCAUUACUUCGGCUUCUUCCGCUCCAUACGCGAGGCCCUGAGGGAUGAGAAGCUGGGCCGGCUGCAGGACCUCAUCCGCCGGCAGGCGGCCUGACCCCCGCGGAGGGGCCCCCGACCCCGGACAGGAGCAGACGCAGGGGAGUGGCAGCCUGGAGCCGGGCGGGGAGAAGUCGGGGAAAUGCGGGGCCCUCAGCCACAGUGGAGCGUGACCCGGGAGGCCAGGCCAGCUCCUGCUCGGCCUCUGUCGGGCCUCCCCUCCAUCCGUGCACGGUUCCAUCAGAGCCAAUCCUCUCGCUCACGGAGUGGGGGGUGUCUGGCCCCUUCCCCCCAGCAGAGGCCGUUUCCCCAGCUGGCCAGCCCAGAACCGGGUAGUGGGACUCCUGGAGGUGUAGCCACUGAAAUCCGGUCCCUCACUAUUAAAGCAGCAGUUGGUGUCUCUGUUAA